UAAGUGUGAUAGAUUUUGUAUUUAAAGUAUGUUUGUAUACUUUUUAUGAUUUUGUGAUCAACCUCUUGACCGUCUUUCUUCAGCCUAUUUCGUUUCUCAGAUUUCAUCCAGUUGUUGGAUAAUAUUCAUAUUCAUGGUCAACAACGCACUGUUGAAUAGUCUUUCUGACACUAGACUUAUCGUUACUCUUCGAAGAAGCUUUAUUAGAAAACAUAGGAUCAAGAAGGAAAUUUUAGAGAAACUUGGUAUUACGAAGAUUCACAAAGCAGAGGUUGUACUGGAUGGCGUGAAAGUAUGGAACGACUUGAAAAAGGUUGUUGGUCUUGUUGAAAUUGAGAGAGUUGCAGCUACAGAAGCAGAAAAGAUUGCCCGAGAACGACCUCGACUUCCGAGGCCUUCGUAUCAGAAACCCAAGUUUGUACCCUAUUUUCAGACCACCUCUUCGGAAGCGUCAAGUUCAUGAUAGUGGAAAACUCAUAAUAUGGAAAUAUUUGCACUUGAGAAUGGCUCAUUGUUUUCAACAACUUGGUGUGGAGCUUGAAAGAGUGCUUGUAUAACACUGGGUAGUUUAUUAUUUCUUUAAAAGAUAUUGUAUGAACGAAUAAAGUUUUUCAAGUGUUCCUGUUGAGCAUACUCUAAAAGAAGCCCUUCGUCGUAAGCACAUGGGUUUGUAUCCCCCAUUGGUUGUGUGGGUCGGUUUGUUUUGCGUGUGAACAAAAAGAAGGGCUUCAUAGAGUUCGCACGUAUUAAACCGAAACUAUCGAGCUUAGGGGGCUCAGUAUUCCUAGCUUUGUUUCAUACACCAGUGGUUAGAGACUCAGUACCAAAGUUUUGCUCUUGGGGAUAUAGAAUAAACUCAUAGGGGUCUUUUUCACUUUGUGGCUUGUUUCCCAAAAAGGUGACUCAUAUUUAGACACAUG